GUCGGCGGUGGCAGCGGCGGCGGCGACGGCGGAGGCGGAGAGGCCGUGUCAGUUCAGUUCAGUUGGAGACUAUACGAGUUCAGUUCAGUCCAGUCUAGUUGAGUUGAGUUCAGUUGAGUUGAGUUCGGUUCUGUUGUUGAGUAGUUCUGUUGUUCAGUUCGUGGCGAAGCGUCGCAUCGUCAACCGUAUGCUGCAAUCUAUGCGAUCUCUGCGAGAAGAAAGAGACUAGUAAAGAGGACAGGAGUGUGGAUGCCUCGUCCGAAGAAGACAGCGCCUGGCUCGGAGGCGGUAUGACGAGCGGCGAGGAGGCGGCGGCGGCGGCAAGCGGCGAGACGCCGUCGCUGCUGUACUCGGUGGCCGCUACCAACGGCACCGCCUCGGACCCCUGCUUGAUCGUUCGGAAGUACUGGUGCUUCCUGCUGUCCAGCAUCUGCACCUUUCUGGCCGGGCUGCUCAUUGUGCUGAUAUGGCGGGCCUUCGCGUUUCUAUGUUGCGCGAAGGAGGCCGAAUAUGGGCCCAACGACCCCAAGCAGAAGGAACAGAAGGCGGCACGCGGCAAGCAGGAGUUCGAAGGCACCUUCAUGACCGAGGCCAAGGACUGGGCGGGAGAACUCAUCUCCGGGCAGACCACCACCGGUCGAAUCUUGGUUGUCCUCGUCUUUAUUUUAAGUAUCGCCUCCCUGAUAAUAUAUUUCAUCGAUGCUUCAAAUGACGGCGUGGAGCGGUGCCAGGAAUGGAGCAACAACAUCACGCAACAGAUCGACCUUGCCUUCAACAUAUUUUUUAUGGUCUAUUUUUUUAUACGAGUAAGUGCAGAAUCGAUCGAUCGAUAG